GGCUGCCGCGUGAGAAGCCAGGAGCUGUCAUGGAGCGCUCUGAGCCAGACGCCGCCGACGACAACGCCAUGGACUCGUUCCUGGAUAAGUUCCAGAGCCAGCCUUACCGCGGCGGCUUCCGCGAGGACCGGUGGGAGGAGGAAUUUGAAAAGAUCCCCCUGUUCAUGAAGAAAGCACCCACAGAAAUUGAUCCCGAGGAGAACCCGGACUUGGCCUGUCUUCAGUCGAUGAUUUUUGAUGAGGAGCGAUCUCCAGAAGAACAGGCCAAGACUUACAAAGAUGAGGGCAAUGAUUACUUUAAAGAGAAAGACUACAAGAAAGCAGUGAUUUCGUACACGGAAGGUUUGAAGAAGAAAUGUGCAGAUCCUGAUCUGAACACCAUCCUCUAUACCAACCGGGCAGCAGCACAGUACUAUCUGGGCAAUUUUCGGUCUGCUCUCAAUGAUGUGACUGCUGCCAGAAAGCUGAAACCCUGCCACCUCAAAGCAAUAGUAAGAGGUGCCUUGUGCCAUCUAGAACUGAAACACUUUGCUGAGGCUGUGAACUGGUGCGAUGAAGGGCUGCAGAUUGAUGCUAAAGAGAAGAAGCUUCUGGAAUUGAGAGCUAAAGCAGACAAGCUGAAGCGCACUCAACAAAGGGAUCUGAGGAAAGCCAAGCUGAAAGAACAGAAGGAGCAGAAUCAGAAUGAGGCUCUACUGGAGGCUGUCAAGGCUAGGAACAUUAGGCUUGUUUCUGACGCUGUGAACCAGGAUGAGGACUUGGCCCCAGCAGGUGGUGGGGAGCUUUUCCUGCAUGGACUCAGCUCUGAUAACAUCUGCGGAGCCCGACUGAGUCUGGAUGACCAGGGCAGGUUGAGCUGGCCUGUGCUCCUCCUGUACCCCGAGUACGCCCAGUCAGACUUCAUCUCAGCUUUCCACGAGGACACCAGGUUUAUUGAUCAUCUGAUGGUGAUGUUUGGUGAGACUCCCUCUUGGGACUCGGAGCAAAAAUACCGCCCUGAUAAUUUGGAGAUCUACUUUGAGGAUGAAGACAGGGCAGAGCUCUACCGGGUACCUCCCACUAGUACCCUGCUGCAGGUGCUGCAGCAUCCCAGGUACUUCAUCAAAGCCCUGACCCCAGCAUUUCUGGUGUGUGUCGGAUCCUCUCCGUUUUGCAAGAAUUACCUCCGGGGCAAGAAGGUACAUCAGGUGAAGUGACGCAGCCUGGCAAUGGGAGCCAGGCCCCACUGGAUCUUGUCCCUCACCUGCCUCUACCUGGAACCUGCUGGACACACGGCCUGAGGCAUCAUGAGGAGACGAGCUGCAGGCUUCUCUGAGCCACAGUUUCUCUGGCCCAACUGCUUACAAACUGACAGACCUCUGUGCCUUGUCCUGGCGUCCAUGGACGCCAUCUCUGAGGGGGCUCCACAGCGGGGUCCCAGCAGCCAGCCCAUAAUCUGCCAGCUGCAGAGGCUGCCUCGGGAUUCAGUGCUCAGGUGCCAUGACGCCACAGGGCUGCCACCCCUCGAGUGCACGCAGCAGGAACUGUUCUCACUGAGACCUAGCGGCUGCGAGCCCUGACUCCAGCGUUUCCUGAGCACUGGGGUACGGUGGGAGGGCACUGUUUAGAGGCCCUGUGGAAGCCUUGGGCUGAGAUGGGGCCACACCAUCUGUGCAUUUCUGGAGUUUUAGACUGGGACAUUUGGUACUGGAAAGUUUGUUGAUUCCCCUCACCUUUGCACUGAGAACUGGGACAGACUCGGUCAGGCAUUGGCCUCUGAGUUCCCAUUCAGUUUUUACUGUUUAUGAUUUUGUUUUUUCAGCUAUAAUCCCUUUCUCCUUUUGCCUGUGGGGCAUGGUUGCGUUUCCAUCUGCAGCUAUUAUACCUCCAUAACUGGGGGAUUUUACUUCCUGUAGCAGCAGAGGGCUCCCUGCAGUGCCCACUCCCUCCACCAGGGGGAAGCC